AUGGUUACGACUCUUCCUCAAGUGCUUCUUGCACUUAUUCCAGUGGCUUUGGCAUUUCCAGCGCCACAUCCAGUAGCUCAACCUGUUCCUCAUCCUAUGAUAACUCCACGAGCCUCUUUGACCGAUAGAACACCAUCACUAGUGGAAGAAAGGGGAGUGAUUAGUUCCGUCGAAUCAUCCAUCAAAGGUCUAGAAAGUUAUAUUACCAGUGUCCUCGGCACUUAUCCUUCAUACAUUGCCAGCGGGGUACCCAAUUUCUUUCAGGAUUUUCCAACAGGAAGCGCGGUUCAAAGUAGUUUAGGAAUUAGUGAUAGUGACUUGGCAGCUACUCCUACACAAGUCUUGAAUAUCCCAGGAUAUGCGAAUUGGACUGAUCAAGGCUGGAACCUCCGUGUCCAUGGAAAUGUCUUCAAACAACCAAACAUUUCCGAAUCCAAGUUGGAUGAUUUAGCAAAUAUCUUCCUAGUCGGUACCUCAAUCGAAGAUCUUCCCGCGGCCCAACAAACUCAAGCCCGAAACCUUACUGCCGAAAUCUUCGUCGUACAACAAGCAAAUGUUAAUGUUUCAUUCAGCUUGGAGCCUGCUGCGUCUCAAGGUGGAGAUGGAGAGAGUGGUGGCGGUGGAGCGGUAACCGCAGGUGGAGGAGCCCAAAAUAUUACACUUGUGGGACAAACAACCGUGGAGGGUGACUAUGAUCAAUUCAUUCAAAUCGCCAACGUUUCAGGACCUGGUGGAUAUCUUGCUCCUGGUAACGACACAACCGAUAUUCAAAGAAUAAACGUUUACACCGACGGCACACUGACCGGAAAUGCAACAUCCUACCUCGUCCCUGAGUCUGGUAUUACCAUUAUCUCCGACAUUGAUGACAUUCUUCGUGUUACAAAGAUUUACGAACCAGAGGAAGGUCUUCUUAACUCUUUUGCCAGACCAUUCACUCAAUGGAUGAACAUGCCUGAUAUUUACGCCAAUUGGUCUCGCACCAUUCCUAACUUUCACUUCCAUUACUUAACCACUACCCCGAGCAAGUUACAAGAAACUACAUGCAAUGUAUCUGCUACACUCUCUAUCCGAAAGUAUCUUCUCACCAAAAUCUUUGAGACCUAUCCCAACCGCAAAUUUAUUUUGAUGGCCGAUACUUCCAACUCUGAUGUUAUGAAGGAUUAUCCUGAGAUGGCUACCGAUUUUCCUGGGCAAGUCCAAUGUAUCUUCCUCCGCAAUACAUCUGCGACUGAUAGUGGAGACAAAUUCCCAUACGAGACAUCGGGUUUCCAAAAUUUGAACCAGUCACAAUACAUGUUCUUUUUAGUACCAGAUGAUCUUACGAACCUUGAUAUUGUCAAUGGACAAUGUUACAAUAGCACUAUUCCGCAAAACGUCACAUUCAGCCUGCAAGGACUACCUUUCGGAUUGAGCAAAAGCGGUGCUGGAAAGAGCAUGGCUAUUGGACGGAGUUUGGUUUGGGCAGCUAUGGUUGGAGCUUUCAUGCUCGCCUUGUAA